CAUUCCAGUAUGAGCCCGAUAUUGAAUAUUAUGCUCAUUCAAAAGUGGUAAUUGGUGCUAUGGACAAGGAAUGUCCGCAUUGUCAUGCUCUGAAAUUCAAAAAUGAGUCAGCUGGGAUGUGUUGCGCAUCAGGAAAAGUGCAACUACCUGAAAUUGAAACACCACCUGAACCAUUGAACGGCUUACUUAUCGGCACGGAUCCAGAUUCUAACGUGUUCCUGAAGUCAAUUCGAAGAUUCAAUUCAUGCUUUCAAAUGACAUCGUUCGGAGCAACAGAAAUAGUUCGAAAUACUAAUGCAAAUGGUCAACAAUUCAAUUCUACAGAGGCCAAGUUUAUCAUAAAAUGGGCUCACUGCUGCCAAUGCCAAACGAACCACAUAAAUUCUUACAAAUCUACUUUAUGGGCGGCGAGGAUUCCGGAAGCGCACUUGCCAAUCGCUUGAAUGCACGUUGUGAUUAUAAUAACCUUGAUUCACUUUAUGCCAGGCGCAUCGUCAGCGAGCUAGAUGCUCUUUUGAACGAGCACAACGAGUUGUUGAAAAUAUUCAAAUCACAUAUGCACCAAUUACAAAGCGAUAAUCACGCUAUCGUCAUUAAUCCUGAUAAAACACCAGCUGGAGAGCAUAUUCGUAGAUUCAAUGCACCCGUUGUUGAUGAUGUUGCUGGAAUCAUGGUUGGCGAUUGUACAGCUGCACGAGAAAUUGUGAUUCGUAGAAGAAAUAAUAAUCUUCAGUUCAUUGCUGAUACACAUCGUUCAUAUGACGCUCUCCAAUAUCCGCUAAUAUUCUGUAAGGGACAAGAUGGAUAUUGCAUAAACAUAAAACAACGAGAUCCCGUAUCAGAAGCUGAAACAAACAAGAACGUUAGCUCAAAGGAUUAUUAUGCGUACCGAUUAAUGAUUAGACGUGGCCUGGACAACGUCAUUUUACGAUGUCGUGAGCUUUGUCAACAAUUCAUGGUCGACAUGUACGCGAAGAUUGAGAGCGAACGACUACGAUACUUACGAUAUAAUCAACAAAAGCUGCGCGCGGAAGAGUACAUUCAUUUGCAAGACGCUAUCAACAACGCCGACGUCGCCGAAAUUGGUAACCAUGUCAUUUUACCAUCAUCGUACGUAGGCAGUCCACGUCAUAUGCAAGAAUAUAUACAGGAUGCUCUGACUUUCGUGCGCGAAUAUGGACGACCAUGUUUAUUUAUCACGUUCACAUGUAAUCCAAAAUGGCCAGAGAUUACAUCUUUGCUACUGCCUGGCCAAAAUGCAAUACAUCGCCAUGACAUUACAGCACGUGUGUUCAGACAAAAGUUGAAGUCUUUAAUAAGUUUCAUUACUAAAUCACAUGUAUUUGGUCCCACACGUUGCUGGAUGUAUUCGGUUGAGUGGCAAAAGCGAGGAUUACCUCAUGCACACAUUUUGGUUUGGUUCAUCGACAAAAUCCGUCCUGAAGAAAUCGAUAGUAUCAUUUCUGCGGAAAUUCCAGAUCCAUCCACUGACCAACUGCUGUUUGAUAUUGUUACAACAAACAUGAUUCAUGGUCCAUGUGGUACUCUUAAUAGUUCAUCGCCUUGCAUGGCUGAUGGAAAAUGUACUAAAAAUUUCCCUAAAGAUUUUACUAAUGAUACGGUCACAAAUGUCGACGGAUACCCAAUAUAACGUCGAAGAAAUCCUCAAAAUGGCGGACAAUCAUUUAUUAAAAAUAUCAUCAACACAGACAUUGAUAUUGACAAUCGUUGGGUGGUGCCAUAUUCGCCUCUGCUGAGCAAGACAUAUAAUGCUCAUAUUAAUGUUGAAUUCUGCAGUUCUGUGAAGAGCAUCAAAUACAUUUGCAAGUUUGUCCAUAAAGACAGUGAUAUGGCUGUGUUUAGAGUGGAAAAUACUAAUGUGAAUGCUCCUCCAGUGAAUAAAAACGAUGAAAUAACGCUCUACCAAAUUGGUCGGUACAUCAACUCCAAUGAAACUGCUUGGCGUAUCUUUGGUUUUCCAAUUCAUGAACGGGAUCCAGCAGUUGUUCAGUUAGCCAUCCAUCUUGAAAACGGUCAGCGUGUAUUUUUCACGAACGAGACAGCGAUUGAUCGUGCAAUAAAUCCACCUAAAACUACACUCACUGCAUUUUUUGAAUUGUGUAAUCGUGCGGAUGAUUUUGGUGCCUUUGCACGAACAUUACUCUAUUAACAAGUACCACGCUAUUUCACAUGGACUCAAACAAAAACAUGGAUGCCCCGCAAGCAAGGCUCACCAGUUGCUGCAUGUCUCAAUUUAUUUAAAUCAAA